AUCGAGACUUGGAAGUAGAAAAUAAAUUAUAACAAACGAAUGAAUAAUGAUAUGAAUUGAAUAAAGAUGGAAGUGGAAAGCGAAGCGGUCAGUUGUAUUAGGAGAAGAAAGAAGUGAGAGAGGUUUCCCGCGUUACAAAUCAUCAAAAACACAUUCAUGGCGUCCUUAAUCCAAGUGGCGAUACGCAUACUGUUCAUGGAUUUAUGUUGAGAAUAAUCGCGAGAACUCAAUCGAACUUUCAUCUCUCACGGCGUCUUACUGUUCACGAUGCACUGCGAUUGAAAGAACGUAAACAGAGUAGAUGGAUCGGCGAAUGUCGUCGCCACCGCUGGAUGUUGCCAGCCACCAGGAGGUGCAAAACAUAUACCUCUUUGAUCGCCAUAGCCGCCGUCUACGGUAUUUCCGUUUGCUGCUCUUCUAUUUCCCUCAGUUUCAGGAAAAGGCUGUGGCGAUGAAGGGAGCGGCGAUAGCAGAGGAAGAACCGCCUUCGAAGAAAUAUCAGCACUACCAGAAGACAUCGAGACACUCGUUAGUUGAUCGAGAUGAAGACUCGCCGGCGCCUGCUUCUGUAACCUGGUCGGAGGUUUAGGCAAUCUGGAUUUAUGUUCUUUCUCCAUUGCUGCUCUGGGAAAAUCAACCACGAAAGUUUGAUUUGCAUUCAUUGAAGGAGAAAGUUAGGGCAAAAAGAAGAAGACGAAGAGAGGAAAGUAAUGGAGACUUGUUCUUGGGAAGCGGGAAAGGAGAUUGUUGAUUAUGAAUGUGAAUGAUAGUAAAAUAGGCAGCUGCCCCGGACAUACUGCCCAAUCAUGAGGCCUCAUAAUUCUUGCGAUCAUUGUGGAGUAUUGGCCGCUGGCGUCGGUGAUCCAACCAGGUAUGUACAAAAUUAUGGGCCGAUGAUCACACCGGCUUGUGUUUUCAUAAUUCUCACGACCCACUUCGCACAAGUGGACAAAGGGUUGUCAUUUUGUUCCACAACCUUCGGUUCAAGUGCCAUAUCGUAUAGCCUUUUGAUGUUCCAAUUGAGAAUACCAGUUUCAAGACUCUCAAGAGUUCAUUGGACUCUGUAUUGAAGAGAUCGAACUGGCAAUUUCAUAUAGCUCGAGGUGGCACACUUGAUUGUUCAUCUAUUUCGAGAGGAGGGUACAAGGCAACAGCUAGAACUGCACUGCUUCACACCCAUAAGCCCUUAAUCCAUGGCUACCACGGUCGCAACCAUUGGAGCUGUUAAUAGAACAUUGUUAAACAACAGUAACUAUGGAGGUUUAGUUCCAAACUCUGCGUUUUUGGGCAGAAGGAUGAAGAAUUUCAGUUCCAGAUUCACCACCACCUCAAAUAUGGUGAUUGGAAACUUCAAGAUUGUUGCCGAGUAUGAUGAGGAGAAGCAGACCGAGAAGGACAAAUGGCGAGGCCUUGCUUUCGAUACAUCUGAUGACCAGCAAGACAUUGCCAGAGGGAAGGGAUUGGCAGAUCCUCUUUUUCAAGCUCCCAUGGGGACAGGAACUCACAAUGCUAUCAUGAGUUCAUAUGAAUACAUCAGCGCUGGACUUCGGCAAUACAACCUCGACAAUAAUGUGGAUGGAUUUUACAUAGCUCCAGCGUUCAUGGACAAACUUGUGGUUCACAUCGUCAAGAACUUCAUAAGCCUGCCAAACAUUAAGGUUCCUCUCAUUCUUGGUAUUUGGGGAGGUAAAGGUCAAGGAAAGUCUUUCCAGUGUGAACUUGUAUUUGCCAAGAUGGGAAUCAACCCUAUUAUGAUGAGUGCUGGGGAAUUAGAAAGUGGGAAUGCAGGAGAACCUGCAAAAUUGAUCAGGCAAAGAUAUAGAGAGGCUGCUGAUCUCAUCAAGAAAGGGAAAAUGUGUUGCCUUUUAAUCAAUGAUCUUGAUGCUGGAGCUGGAAGGUUUGGUGGGACUACCCAGUACACAGUGAACAAUCAGAUGGUAAAUGCUACUCUUAUGAACAUUGCUGACAACCCAACAAAUGUGCAGCUUCCAGGCUUGUAUAACAAAGAAGAAAAUCCCAGAGUUCCCAUCAUAGUAACUGGUAAUGACUUCUCAACAUUAUACGCCCCCCUCAUUCGUGACGGUCGUAUGGAGAAGUUCUAUUGGGCUCCAACUCAUGAAGAUUGUAUUGGUAUUUGCACUGGAAUAUUUAGGACUGACGGUGUGCCUAAAGAGGACAUUGUCAAACUCGUUGGCACCUUCCCGGGGCAAUCGAUCGACUUCUUUGGUGCUUUGAGAGCUCGAGUUUAUGAUGACGAAGUUAGAAAGUGGGCUGCCGGCGUUGGGGUUGAGAGAAUCGGAAAAAGUCUUGUUAACUCAAAGGAAGGUCCCCCAACUUUUGACCAACCAAAAAUGACACUAGAAAAGCUUCUGGAAUAUGGCAACAUGCUCAUCAAGGAACAGGAGAAUGUGAUGAGAGUUAAACUGGCUGAGAAGUAUUUAAAAGAAGCUGCUCUUGGAGAUGCAAAUGAGGAUGUUUUUCAGUUUCAAACUUCUCUGGAUUCAAUGGGGGAAGAGCAACGCAACAGGUUAACAUCACUGUUCCUGAAGGCUGUGCAGAUUCAUCUGCUAAAAACCGAGUCCUAACAGCCAGAUGCGACAACAAAAGCUUCCGUAAUUCCUAUCGCAGUGACUUGAAUCUUUCUCUUGCAAUUCCCAACUUCGAUUCGUUUAUCAAGAAAGAUAAUCCAAAUCCUACCAGAACACUAAAGCUACCCAGAACAAGAAAAACGCAGAAAAGUAACUCAAAAUAGAGGGCAAAAUUUACUCCGUUACCUCUUU